AUGGCAGCUCGCAAUUCCCUGAUCUCUCUCAGCUGCUCGCAAGCUGCACUGCUUCUCCUGUUGAUAGCACUUGGGGCGCAAACCUACUUGGGUGAGUCGCAGGGCUGCUCAAGCCAGCUGAACACCCUGAAUGUGUGCGCACCAUUUGUGUUGCCUGGUUCCCAAAACAACCCAAGUAGUGAUUGUUGCAAUGCGCUCCAGUCGGUGAACAAUGACUGCCUCUGCAACACUCUCGCCAUCGCUGCCCGCCUUCCAUCCCAGUGCCAUCUCCCACCUCUCAAUUGCGCCAACUGGUAA